UCGAGGGACGUCGCGUCUGGAGUAGAGGGAGAUGAUCCCCGAGGAGGGCUUCCUCCGGGAGAGAUCAGCCGAUCAGUCCCAAAUCGGACCCGACACAAUGUACAGUGCUGUUCUGUUCGUUCUCCUCGCCGUCAACACGCGUCACCUCCAAGUCAUCGCCCAAGGCUGCAGAUCGAGCAGCGGCAAAGAGGUGAAGGAGGGCGGCGCAGUGGAGACGUCGGACCCAUGCCUCGAGUGCUCCUGCGCCAGGGGCAAGCUCCAGUGCCGACUGAAAGUUUGCCCCCGGCUCCCCAGGCCACCCCCGGAGUCCUGCAUCCUCCUCCAAAGGCCCAAUACCUGCUGCGACAAGCUCCUCUGCCCGGACGGAACUAAAAAUAAUGUAAAAGCCAGAUCUAACUUGGAAUCUAAACUAAGCGAGAGGACUGGAGUUUCAGGCUGUAUAUUCAACGGAACACUCUAUGCAGAAGGGUCUGCGAUGACCUCCUCUCUCUGUGAGUACUGCUACUGCAUAAAAGGCAAACAGCACUGCGUUAGGCCGCAGUGCACACUUUCAGUCCCUGGCUGCAGUCCCGAGUACGCCAAGCACUCUUGCUGUCCGACGAAAUAUAACUGCAGCGAUGCGUCAAACAUGACCACUUCGACGACCGUAUCGCCAACUUCGACACCUUCUUACAUAGGUUGUCACGUCGAAGGUGUAAAAUACCCGGAAGGUGAAAGGCUUCUAAAAAUGGAGAAGAACUGCGAAAACUGCUUCUGUAUGCAGGGUCGGGUGCGCUGUGAACCUGUCGUCUGCAGCAUGCCUCCACUAAGCCACUGCCGGCCCAUUAUCAGCAAAGGGCACUGCUGCCCCACUAGUUACAAUUGUAGUAGCCCUGAAGAGGAAACAGAAUCUUCCGUUACAAAGGAGUCACAGUUUGAAACAACAACUUUUGUAACCGAAGAGAACUUCACAACUUAUUUCCCAGAGUCUACAACGCCGUUUGUCACUACAACAUUUGAUGAUACGACUAUGACUGAAGUGGGCAACGAUACAGAACUGAGGUCUGGAGGGUAUGAUGAUCAGUAUGUGGAUGCAGAUGCGACGACGACAGAAUACUUCUUGUCGACUACAUCGCCUUCUCAGAUUACAACAAUGAAGUUGAACAGUUCUGCCAGUCCGACAGUUAGGGCGAUCCCAGCUGUGCUCGAAGCUAUAAUAAACAGGACGUUGGAACGAGACGGUGACUACGAUGAGUAUGACUAUAACGAGCCAUCUCUUCCUCCAUCCUUACCAAACCUGAAGAUCAUUCCAUUCGUGGCUGCAGAUGCAGUUGUCACUGGCGAUGAAGGCAGCGAGCCUUUCGAACAUGACGAUGGCAAACUGCGAACUACACAAGGGCCUUUGUUCUUUGAAGUUCCACAAAACAGCAAAUUUUCACCUCCUGCUGAGACCGAGGGUGGAUUUUUACCAAGAGAUCCAAUGAUAGAUGGCCCAUUUUAUGAAUCAAAAUUUGAGGGACCUUUUGUCGGAAGCUCAAACGUUCAAAGUGAGCAUACAUCUGAGACCAAUUUACCUUUAAUCACCGAACCACCCAAACUUUUUGAAGAAGGGCGUUGUAAAACAAAAGGCACCACAUACCAUCACGGUGAAGUCGUUAGUGAGCCAAAAGCAUGUGAGCUUUGUGUCUGCUACUUUGGCAAAGUACACUGCCAAAAAGCAAAAUGCAGUGAUAAAUCACAAUGUCAUAAAGACUCUUGCUGUCAGUGUGAUGAUGGACUAGAAGAACCUUUGAAAAGUGAAGUCACUCCUCCGACUUACAUUCCAGAAAGUCUUUCCAACUUACCGGCCAUAACAGUAGCAGAUGUCAUCGUGACACCGGAUCCGUUCAAAGAUGUCAUCAGGACAGAACCAGCUCCCGAUCUUGUCCAUAUUAUGAAAGAUAUGAUCCCUCAUUUUGAAAAACCUACUGCUGUGAAUUUUUCUACACCGAGGCCUAACGCGACGUCGACCACUGAGGCGACCACUACAGAAAAAUCUAAGGAUUACGAUUAUGACAAUAUUUCUUUCAGCAGUGUUUUAGAAUUGCUGUUCAACGGAAGCCCUGAAGGGUCAAAGGCAGAGACGACGACUCAGAAGCCUUCGACAAAUUCAGUCUACGACAGCCAAGAUUCUGACAGCCCGGAGUUCAAUCUCGUCCUCCAUGCAGAUGAAAGGGCCGACCAUUUCAAAAACAACUCGAUUGACAGCCCAGAAGAAAAAGCCGAUUCAAACGAGCCAUCUUCCGAUUUUACAAAAGGCCUCCUUAAACUCGCCGGAUGUAACAUUUACGGUCGCAUGUACAGAGUAGGAAAAAUCAUCGCUGAACUUUCAAAUCCUUGCCUCGAGUGCAUGUGCACAGAGCUGGGCGUCCAAUGCAAGAAACUCAAAUGCUAAAAAAAAUUAUUCAAUUUUUGUUUUCUGGCACUUGGUACUCCUAUGUGCAGGGUUAAUUAAACAGUUAAACAUAAAUAUUAAACAUUACAUAUUAUUAAAUAAUAAUUUCAGGUGUUACUUUAAAUUUUAACUUGAUACUAUUACAUAUUUUAAACAAAACUGUACAAUUUACUAAACAAUGCUAUUUAAUAUAAUAAAAUCUUUUUAUAUAUUCUAAAUUUCACAACAAAUAACAAAUAUUCUUAGCUAUAUUUGAAGAAAAAACUAUAAAUACAUUUUUAUGUGAUUGGAUCACUUUAAACAACACUUUAGCCCAGAUAUUUAUGAAAUUUAAAAGUCAGCUUUUCAAAAUUUGCCUAAUUUAACAACUUUUUUUAUUGAUACUUCAAAUUAAUUUAUUUUUAAAAUUGUUAUCUUAACUGUUUAACUAACUCAAACUUUCAGGCCUUGUUAAUUGUAUUUACAUGUGUGAAGAGGGAUUGAGAAAACCGGUCGGAGAGCGAGGCAAGUGCCAAUGGAGGAGGAACUCCGUAUCGUCCUGUUGGACUUUGUGCUAGUCAAGGAAGUCUUAAGUUAUUUUUUUAUUCCAAUUUCCUACAUUGCCCCAUUUUUGUUUCCUACAAGAUGUUGACAUUCUAUUCGACGACACAUUUUCACCCGAUUCGAUUCAUUUAGAAAGUACUGAUUUGAAAACUGGAACCCAACAGUUAUUUCGUUUAUAUAAAAUUUUUAUUUCUGAACGGUUUUUAUUGAUUAAAAACAUCUCAGUAAUUGUCAUUAUAAUCAGUAUUAGAACAUCUUGUUUUAUAUUGUCUUUUUUUUCAAUAAAAAAAAUAAAGUAAAUAGUUAAUAUUUUUAGAUCUAGUUAUUAAAGUUGAAAGAGGCUACAUAGUUUUAAACUAUUAUUUUAGUAAUUAGUACAUAAUUUACUUUUUUUUAAAUUAAAUCUUUUUAACCCUUGUUAAAUCUUACCUGCAUUAUCUUUAAUAAUUCAUUGUUAUUAAAAAAAAAAUUAAAUAAUUACUCAGCAUAAGAGGGUUGUUUAUUGAAGUAAAAUCUCAUGUAAAUAUUAUUAAAGAUAUAUGAACUUCUUUAAUUUAGAUAUAGUGCCAUAGUUCUAACCCUUUCAGAUUGUCGUUAUUCAUAAAUUUAAUUUUUAUUAAUCAUUAGUCGCUUUGACAAUUGUAUACCAUGAUCUCAAUUGUAGGUUCAUUUAUCUUUUCACGAUGUCAACGUAGAAAUGUUUGCAAAACCGUGCAGUUUCACAGUUUCAUGAUUAAGAUGUAGCAGAUUUUUUUUUGUGUGGAAAUAAAUCAGUUUUUAAAAAUG